CAAGUAGAAGAUAUCAAGAAUCAAAAUGACGGACGAGUGCAUCACUAGAAACUUUAUUGUGCUCGGCUCAAAUGGAACGGGAGCAGGCAAUCGCAGCAGCAUGGGCGAUAGUACCGAUGCCAAAGGCUGUGAGGGUAAAGUCGGCGGCGGCGGCGGUGGUGCAUUGGCUGCAGCGAGCCUUCCAGCCGCUGCAAUCAACAGCAAGGCCCGCAUGCCCGUGGAGCGCUAUGCCAGCGAGUACAACAUGAAUCACAAGCAUCGCGGUCAAGCGAUGAUAUUCAAUCAUGAAUUCUUCGAGAUACCCACGCUGCGUGCCCGCGCUGGCACCAAUGUGGAUGCCGAGGAGCUGCGCAAGAGCUUCAAGCGUUUGGGCUUCGAUGUGUCCGUGUACAAGGACUGCAAGUGGCAGAGCAUACGCGAUCAAAUUCAGAAGAUUGCCUCGCUGGAUCACACGGACAAUGAUUGCCUGGCCAUUGCCAUACUGUCGCACGGCGAGCAUGGCUGCAUCUAUGCCAACGAUGUGCAGUACAAGCUGGACCAGAUCUGGCACUACUUCACGGCCCAAAUGUGCCCCACGCUGGCGGGCAAGCCCAAGCUGUUCUUCAUCCAGGCCUGCCAGGGCGAUCGUCUCGACGGUGGCGUAAUGCUCGAGAAGAGCGAUACUGAAACGGAUGGGGACUCAUCCGUGGGCUACAAAAUACCCGUCCACGCCGACUUUCUCUUCUCAUACUCGACGAUACCCGGCUACUUUUCCUGGCGCAAUAUAAACAACGGCUCGUGGUACAUGCAGUCACUCAUCAAGGAGCUGAACAGCAAUGCCAAAAAGUACGAUCUGCUCACGCUGCUCACUUUCGUCAGUCAGCAUGUGGCCAUCAGUUUUGAGUCGAACGUGCCGGCUAACCCAAUGAUGGAUCAACAAAAGCAAAUUCCGUGCUUCACCUCCAUGUUGACGCGCAUACUGCGCUUCAACGACAAACCCAACGGCAAUAAGGCUGGCUAAAAAAAGUAUCUCAACCGCACACCCAGCGCCCCGCCUGAUACGUUCAACGCCCACAACAACCUCCCACCCCCGCCACAAUGCGUCACUUUGGAUUCCAUGCUACUUAAAGUUUAGUUGUAGGUUCUUUCUAGCUUUAUUGUUGACUAAAUUUUCAUCCCCACUCAUAUACACACUUUCAUAUAUACAUAAUUAAUCACUUGCCAAUCGGGAAAUUACAAUUAUUAGGCAUAUAAGAUGAGAUACACAAUGGAGACUUAUGCAAAUAUACAACCACGUAUAUAUUUGAUAUCACCAAUAUUA